AUGAGUCCUACAUCGUCUACCAAGAAGCGGGAGCGUGAAGACGAUUCUGUGGAUGCUGUAGCCGGCGGUAACUCGACAAACAACUUCAGGAAUGUGUCGGCAUGUCAUAGGUGCCGAAAUAGAAAGAACAGAUGCGAUCAACAACUUCCGCGCUGCUCGAAUUGCGAGAAAGCGAAUGUGAAAUGCGUGGGCUUCGAUCCGGUCAGCAAGCGAGCUAUACCGAGGAACUACGUGUACUAUUUAGAGAGCCGAGUAGAGAACUUGGAAGCUCUUCUACGAGCCAAUGGCAUACAGUGUCCGCCACCAUCAGACGACUUCCCAAUUGAUGGAUCAGUCAAGCCUGGUAUCAAUGUGCCAUAUCCUCCUCAGGAAGACACUGGAAAGCUGGCGAACGACUCCAAUGAAGACGAUGCCAAUGUCGAUCCGGCGUUGCAAGACCACAAUGACUUCCAGAAGCUGGACAAAGUGGUCAACAACGUCGGCUUGGUAUCCGUUCAAGGGCCGGCAGAUCAUCGCAGAAGCUCGCACACGAGCGGUAUCCCAUUCUCCAGGGUAGUCUAUGCCGCUGUGAAGAGCUCGGUCACGCCUACACCAUCCGAACGAGCGGCCACGAGAUCUACGAAACAGCUACCGAGCUCUACAGCUUCUGGAGGUGGCGGGUCGGACUCGUUCUUCGGGUUGAACACCAAGCCUACGGUCAAAGCAGCACCUUUCCCAGAGAAGCAUAUCGGCCUUCGACUGGUCGAGCUGUACUUCGAGCAUGCCAACCCGCAAAUACCUGUCCUUCAUCGAGGAGAGUUCAACGUCCUGGUAGAGCGGGUGUAUGCUGCUGAGCCCAAACGACGACGGCCUAGGGAGCUGUACCUGCUGAAUAUAGUGUUUGCCAUUGGAGCGGGGAUCAUUAUGGGCCAUACCGAUACUGAACCCACCAGCGCUCCUGCCGACAGUAGUAAAGACGACCAGAAUGCACUGCCGAAUCGCAAGCGGCAAAGAGUGGCCAGCCAGCAACAUCAGCCAGAAGAGUACCAUUCUGCAGCAAUUGUUCACCUGGAUAGUUUUCUUGGCUCUAGUCCCGCUGCCGAGGGUGCUUCGGCUGGUCUGGAGGAGCUUCAGGCUGUGCUAUUGCUGGCAGGACUGGCGCUGCUACGACCCGUUGCACCGGGCUUAUGGUACAUCAUCGGUGUCGCAGUACGACUUGCCAUAGACCUCGGCCUACACAUCGAAGACUUGGAGAGUGAGCUCGACACACAACCGGCAGCGUCGGAGGACGAGUCUUUCACACUGCUAGGUCGUCGGCAGUGGGUGCGUGAUUUCCGUCGCCGACUGUGGUGGUGUACAUACUCUUUCGACCGACUUGUCUCCACUUGUGUUGGUCGACCGUUCGGUGUUAGCGAUCAGGUCGUUACCACAGAGUUCCCAAGUCUAUUGGACGACAAAUUUAUCAAGCCCAAUGGAUUUCUACGGCCAUCGAACGAGCUUGAACUGCCUACGUACAAGCUAGUGGCUCACCACUACUUUAGGCUGCGGCUAUUGCAAUCUGAGAUCCUACAAGUCCUUCAGUAUCGGCAGAGUCAACAGACGCGAGCUCUAGGUGUGAACAGCGGUAACCAGUACAUGCACACAGCAUUGCCUUCUCCAUUCUUGAGUCGCUACCGCUCGUUCCGCGACUGGCGGAUAGACAUAGAUCGGAGGCUACUCGACUGGAAAGAGACGGCGCCAGAGCAGUCCAUAACAGGAGUGAAAUUCACACCACUCUUUCUCGAGCUCAACUACUGGCAGGCCGUUAUUAUGCUCUAUCGGCAGUCACUUACGGUCCCCGAGCCACUCGCUGGUGAGCUAAGCCCGUCAACUGGCGGCGAAGUCCAAAGUCCUGGUGCUGCAAGUCUUGAGUCAGACGAGGAUGAAGAGGUGGUAUUCAUGAAGGUCGCACAAGCUGGUCAGACGGUCCUGAAGAUCUAUCGACAGCUGCAUAGGCUUAAGUUGGUCAAUUAUACCUUCCUGGCGACACAUCAUUUGUUCAUGAGUGGCAUAUCUUUCCUCUACGCUAUAUGGCAUUCAAUCACCGUGCGCUCACAACUCACGCUGGACGAUGUCGACUUCACUAUACUGAUAGCAACAUCUGUAUUGACCGACCUGAUCGACAAAUGUCCACCAGCGGAAGCUUGCAGAGACGCCUUCACGAGAAUGAGCAAAGCCACAAUCAGCAUGGUCAUGAGUACGACAGGCUUCGGCAAUGCCUCGACUCUAGGAUCACAGCCGCUGAAUAGUCCAGGCGGUUAUAUCAGAAUUUCGGACCUAGCACCACAAGUCAUGAGUACGAACACUACACGACACCAACCACAUCGAGCCAAACCGCCAAUGCCGCAAUUCGAUAUGGAUCUCAAGUCACUGUUCUCCGACGAUGAAUUAGCCAAUCGUGCACCAGUAUAUCGACCGAACAUGCCAGCUUUUGAUGGAUCAGCCUUCAACUUGGCUUCCGACCAGCACAUGUCGCCUUUGCUUCCCACAGCAUCAAUGGCGCCUCCCGAGCUACGAACAGAGACAUCAUCUCAUACUGCAGCAACACCCGACAGCAGCACGGGUGCCUCGCAGUAUAGUAUGCAACCAUCACGACAAUCUCUGACCUUACCCUUUCAAAUCACGAACCAACAACCCUACCACGGCCUGGCAGAGACAAUCACGCAAUCGCAACCAGAGUAUUCCUUCGAUGACCUUAGUUUCCUUGACUCCUUCCCUGUGACUGAUCCGAGCGGAAUAUGGCAUCCACCGACCGACUUCGAUCUAGGGUUUGGCACGGGUGGGACAGGGCAGGAGAGUAAUGGGAUGUGGGAUGCGAAUGGUCCACCGGAUCUAUUCGAUGGAUUCUUCUUUGGGUAG